AUGGCGAUUUUCACCGGAGGAAAGAGCACCGCAAUCAAUUCGCCGCGCCAUCUCACCCUCCGCCAUGCCCGCCGGGUAAUUGGGCUAAAAAAGCAAUCGCUGGGCCUUCUGGGACCCGAUGAAGAAGUCACGGAACCCACGCUCGCCCCUGGGGAGGAGAAGGUCGACUCAUACUGGGCUCCCGGCCUGGAGGCGGGCCCAUCGUAUAGCAUCAAUGUCACGCAGACCAUCAAGACCCCGAAUCAAGAUGAAUCCCUGGUGCUGCAAGGGCAACAAGACUUUACCGUCGAUGCACCGCAGUUUACCCUCCCCGAGGGCUCCAUCCACUCCGUGUAUCCUCCGUCGGGAUACAGCGAGGACCAUCGGAUUCUCCCCCACGUGGUGUUGACCGAUCCACACCUCCCAUGGGAGCGACGAGGGAGCCCAAAGACCCCAGAACAUCUUGGGGACCGGAAUCGCGUGCCCUGGCUGGCCGUGUUCUCCUUCACCCAGGACGAGCUGAAGCUGUCCGCCGAGGCUCUCGCCAGCAUGUUCCAGAAAACCUCGGACCAGCUGCAGAAACCGGUGAAGCAGUCGUCAACGUUGGCCAUCAACAUGACGGUUGCGGACCUGUGUGCCACCACGGACAUGGUGACCCCGGUGAGCAAUCUCCAGCCCAGCACAAUCCAAGAUGCGCGAGGAGACUUCAUCUUUGUCCCGGCGGAGCUCUUCACCAGUCUCUUUUCGACCUUCGACCAGUCCAGCCAGCGACAGGUACCGGCCUCGCCGGAUACGAUGCCGUACCAGUUCCUCUCCCACGUGCGCAACAUCAAUACCACCGGCAUGGCGGUGUCCGGGGUCGAGGAUGUCGGCAUUUUCUCCGUCGUACUGGGCAAUCGCGCCGGCCCAUUAGACAACCUGGCCCCCGCGACGGUCUCGGUGCACCUGGUGUCCAUUGAGGGGGUCGAGGCGAUGCAAUUCCCCAUUUCCCAGCCGUAUGUCGCGCUGUGUUCUCUGCACAGUUGGACCUACACGGUGUUACCGCCGCGGAUGUUGAAUGUGCCGGACGCCAUGGAGGCCCUCGGACGGACGCUGGGCGUAUUGCGGCCCCCUGAGAGCGUCAUCGCCGCCCUGAAAGCCCGAAACGACCGAGUCUCGGAUCGGAUCGCCUGUCGCCUCGACGAUGGCUACUCGCUCGUCACAUAUCGCACGCAGACCGGCGAGCGCUCCGUCGCUCUGUAUCGCGGCCCAUUGACCCCCACCGUCGUGCCCCCGUUGACCAUGAACCAUUGCUCGAACUCGGGCAUUGACCUGCAGAUCCUGGACAAGGAGGUGGGCAUCAUGGACGUGUCGUACUCGUCGGCCUGGCAGCUGGGCCGGACUCUGGCACUGGGCGACGAGGCUUUCACCGCGGCUCUGAUGCGUCUGCGCCGGGCCAUCCACACUGGCGCCAUGAAGGCGUCCAAAAUCCGGGUGGUCCAGCAGGAGUCGGCCGACGCCUUGCGCACCAGGACCGACCUCCUGAAGGAUCUACCGACCAUGGUCACCCAUUUACAUCAGGUCCAUGUUCCAUACCCCCCCCCAGCUGGCGCAACGCCCCCGUUCGUGGGAGGAGGACCGCGGAGGCGCUGGCACCGUCAUCGGCUGCGACCUCAUGAGAUCCCCGGGCUGGGGUUUCAAUCCCCGCAGAUUGGCAAGAUCUACCUCGAGGAAGCCAUCAAACUGGCCCGGCACCUCGCCCAGAGCCCGGACGGGUCCAUGUACGACGAACACAAUGCCCCCAACUCCAAUGAUUGGAUGGUCGUCCUGAAGUGGCUGAUGGACCGUAUGUUCCUCGACGGGGUGCCGGCCCACUACCUCAUCUCCGAUCCCUUCCAUCUCGAGCCGGAGUCCUUACGCUUCUUCUCCAUUGAUCAGAACUGGGUGGACGCCCUGAUCGACGGCGCCCUCAGUCUCGGCAACCAUCAGGGCGACGACCCGGACCGCGCCGCCAUCAAGGCCGCUCUCAAUGACUACAUCCAGCAGGGGCCGCAGCUGCUGGACCAGGAGACGCAGGUCCCAUCCUAUGGCUUUUUUCUGCGGUCCGAUCUCGUCACCAUGUUUCCCGAUCUGCGAGUGAAGACCCUGCCGCAACAGUCCAACCCCCCGAAGCGUGCCCCCCUCCUGCGACACGAGAUCAUCACCGACGGCGUCAUGCUGUGUCUUCUCGAUCGCACCCCAGGGUCGGAGGAUUUCACCGGUCUCACCUUCACGCAGCCCCCGCAUCAGCAGCGGUUUGCCGUCGCGCGCGGACUGGAUGUGACGGCGGUCAAGGUCGACAUCCGCCGCCAGUAUACCGUGGACGAGAGCAUUCGCGACAAGGAUGUGAAUCAACAUGACCCCCUUACGCCCGAGAUCAAAUACCAGCCGGACACCGCCGACAACCUGUUCAUCUGGGGGUCUCAGCCCGGGACCGCCGAUCUUCGGAUUCUGCGUCUUCCGCGGUUCGCGGACGUGCAACUGCAGUAUCUCCAGGAGAAGAUGGGCACGUACGAUGCCGGUAGCACGCCGACCAAGUAUUUCGACGAUGACACCGCCACCUCUGCUCUCUUCGCUCUGCAGAUGAACGACCCCAUCUAUUACCUGGAGAUCGGCCUGCAGGGCAACCCGGCGCUGCAAUCUCUGGCGGCGCCGCCAAGGCCCCGGACUCUACGGUUCCUGGAACCCGCUCGCGUAGCCCCCCUCCUCCCUACUGGCACUUCUUCUUCUUCUUCUUCUUCUCCCCAGCCCCCAGAUGAGCCUCCAGCAAAAGACGACGACCGCGGGCCUGUCACGACCCUCUUCUCUCGACCCGCGGGCUACCAUCCGGGGCCUCACAUUCUCGCGAGUCUCGGUCCUCACGUCCGAGCCAUCCGCACACGCAACCUCCCCUCGCCCCAAGUCACAGGCGAUGACACCCCCGCCCAGUUCCCCAAAUACACAUGCAGCGUGGUCACCUCCGGGCUCAGCUACGUGCAGGUUGGCGACAACCUGCCGCAGGACCUGAUCUUUGCCAUCGGCGUGAGCGAAAAUGACACCUCCACCUACCAGCUCACUGAGUUCGACGUGCGCAUCCGUCUUGGGCCCGUCAAUCCGACCAUCCACACCCUCAUGCAGGACUAUGACGGCCCAGGACCUAGGAUGCUCGAUAACCUGCGCUUCAACGUCCUGCCCCAGUUCGACCACCAGGGAGGCGAUGUGUAUCUGCUUCUGCGCCUGCUGCCGCGCAGCGCCACCGGCCGGAUCGAGAUCCGUAAGGUGCGUGAGAUGGGCUUCCUUCUGUCCUUGGCCACCGUGAAUCUGUUUCCGGAUCAUCAGACUCUCGUCCGGCUGGAUACCAUGGCGUAUUAUACCGAUCCAAGCCAUCCGACGCAGGAGACCAACUUCGACGCUAAUAUUAUUAACUCAAAGGCGUAG